AUGGCAGAAGAAUUACCAACGGGAACGGCAAUGGUAGCACACACAAUCUCCUCAAAGAAACGACCGAUCAAGAACGAUAAGCUCUGCCUCGACGAUUACAUUCAUCUCCUUCACUCUCGUCACGCCAUUGAUCUCACCAUGAAUCAACUCAAUCAGGUCAUCCGUAUUCACGGCUUCAAGAAAAUUCACCAUGCUCCAAAGAAAGUGUUGAUGGAUGCUGUGGACACGCUAGAUCUGCUUGAUCUACCGCGAUCAACGCUCUCCGAGAGUGUUUCUGCAUUUUCUGAUUUGACCGUGGAGGAGGCGAUUGCGGAUCUCACAGAUCUCAACUGGCAAGAGUGUUGUGUUACCUCUAUCCAGAAAUUUGGCUGCUGCGUUGAUCAGAGAUUGUUUCCUGUUUCCUCUGAUAAGCAUUUUGGAGUUGUGAAUCACUCGCAGUCGCAGAGCUACAAUCACCAGACUAUAAGAGAUGAAACUGGUGGUACUAUCCCUGAAACUUUAAAGCGUAGGCCAGAAGUUAUGAAAAUGGUGCCAAGGCGAAAGAGGAGCGAUAUUCAUGCUCUUCACUCUUCCUCUUCAAUUGUGGAUUCUGCUUCCCUCUCUUCAUGCUGA